AUAUUCUCAAAGGGUUAGUAAUUGCUACGUCUUCAGAUUCUAGCAAGUGUAGCUACCACGUUUUAUAUGCACCGGCUCUCCUUAUCGAUCAUCAUGAACUCAAAGCAUUCACAGAGUUAGUAUAUACCUUAACUGGUGAAAAAUAUGAUAAUGGGUGGAAUGACCUCAAUCAUACUAGAGUUCAGCCACCUACUAGCUUAGGGGUUGAAGUAAGACCCCGAUUACUUAGCACAGAAAAAAAUAACAAUCCACUAAGAAUAAUUGUAGGUCAUGAUAUAUUACAAAAAUGCGCGGACCUUGUUUUGCAGAGACAUUCUAACUAUCUUAGGGAUUGGACUAUCGAAGAAAAGGAAGAGACGAAAGAAAGCUUCGUAUAUUUUAACCGGAAAGCUCUACUAGAAUGUCCACUAUGUAAACGUAUACAUGACAAGGAUCAGCGGUGGUUCGGUCGUAUAUACGCCAGUGGUGAAUUUAUCGUAAAAUGUUUUCAGCAGAAUAGUGAUGAGCGUGGGGAAAUUUUUGAAUGUGACCCAUCUAUUGCAGAAAAAAUUCAGAAAGAAAAUAAAAAUUUAUCUCCCGCCUCCCACAGGAUAAAGGGUCUAGGUUUUCCUAAAGCCUUCGUAAAAAUGCCAUCUUGGGUUAAGUAUAAUGAAAACCUUACAGCAACAGAAAUAUAUGAGGAAAGAUAUGUAAGACCAUCAUCCAAUGAAGACGAUAUCUAUAUAGGAUCACCUUGGGAGACAGGAAAAACAUAUGUUCUAGAGCAUCUUACUAUAUCUGACGAUGUGAAUUUGCUAGUAUUAUCCACGCGACACUCUUACUCGAAUGCUGUUACUACAAGACUCAAUCUUAAAUCAUAUUGUGAUAUUGAUGGUAAUAUAAAUCUACCUGAUCACAAGAGGAUA